UAUUACAAUUUCAAAACAUGCAAUUGUACACAAACCAUAAUUUUUUCUUAUAGCAUUUCUUGUCCCUGUGAAUACUUAGAUCUAUAAGAAUGGCCAAUAGGCAGCUAAAGCCAGUUACAGGAUUGCUUUUAGUUCUCAAUUUUUGCAUGUAUGCAAUAGUUUUGGGCAUUGGUGGUUGGGCAAUGAACAUGGUUUCAUACACGAGUAGCCUUCCUGCUGCAAUUUCUGCUACCACCAUUGCUUGGACACUUACUCUUCUUGCCAUUGGCUUUGCGUGCAAAGAGAUUGAACUCCAGAUCAGAAAUGCUCGUCUGGAAAGUAGAUCAAUGGAAGCAUUUCUUAUAAUCCUUUCAGCCACUCAACUCUUGUGCAUAGCUGCAAUUCAAGGGGUUGCAUGAGCAAGGGGACUUUGUGUUGAGAAAUGGUCUUCAAUUGUGCCCGUGUGAUUUUUGAUUUAUUUUAUUUUCUAGUUUUAUGAAUUUUCAAUUCAUUUGUGUUGUGUCAUUUUGUUAAAAUGCGUCACAACUCUGCAAGUAAUGUUAUUUUACUUCUAUUGGAGUUCAUCACCCGUCUAUGAGACAGUGCCAAAUAGCAUUAUUCAAUUAAUGGAGGUGUGCCGAAC